GCGGAGGAAAGAGGAAGUGAAAGCAUUAGCACAUCGGCAUCGGAGGAGAGUAAAUAAGUUAGUCUGUCCGUGAUACAUAUUCAAAACAUCAGCACUUUGAUGGUGGAAGAAAAGUCUUUUAACACACAGACUUGAACGAAACUGGGGCACCUGUUGGUUUGAAGACUACUUUUCUGCCUUUGGCAAGCCCCCCUCCCUCCCCCCCAUACUGCUACAAUGCCACCACCGGCUGACAUAGUCAAGGUGGCCAUUGAGUGGCCUGGGGCCUUCCCCAAGCUAAUGGAAAUUGACCAGAAAAAGCCACUGUCAUCAAUUAUAAAAGAAGUGUGUGAAGGGUGGUCGCUGGGCAAUCAUGAAAACUUUGCUUUGCAACAUGCAGAUGUCACAAACUUUUAUAUCACAGAAAAGAAUCGUAAUGAAAUAAAAAAUGGUGCGAUUCUUCGACUGACUUCAUCCCCUGCUCAAACAGCACAGCAGCUUCAUGAGAAGAUCCAGUCCUCUAGCAUGGAUGCCAAGUUAGAAGCACUCAAGGACCUGGCCAACUCAUCCAGAGACAUCACCUUCGCCCAGGAGUUUAUUAACCUGGAUGGCAUCUCACUCCUGACUCAGAUGGUAGAGAGUGGAACAGAACGAUAUCAGAAACUGCAGAAGAUAAUGAAGCCCUGUUUCGGAGAUAUGUUGUCCUUUACCCUGACUGCGUUUGUAGAGUUGAUGGAUCAUGGAAUUGUCUCCUGGGAUACUUUCUCGCCGGCUUUUAUCAAAAAGAUAGCAAGUUAUGUGAACAAGUCUGCAAUGGAUGUGGCAGUUUUGCAGAGGUCCCUAGCCAUUUUGGAAUCAAUGGUGUUGAAUAGUCAUGACCUCUACCAGAAGGUGGCGCAAGAGAUUACUAUCGGCCAGCUCAUCCCACAUCUACAAGGUGUUGAUCAGGACAUCCAGACAUAUACUAUUGCUGUAAUUAAUGCACUGUUCCUAAAAGCACCAGAAGAAAAGAGACAGCUUGAUUUGGAGGACAAUGUUAACAUCCUUGAUUGUCCUCUAACAGAAAUGGCAAACAUCUUGGCUCAGAAGCAGCUCCGCUCCAUCAUUUUAAGUAAUGUUAUCCGCAGCAACAGAUCCAUCAACUCUGAAAUGGCUCAUCAACUGUAUGUGCUUCAAGUGUUGACCUUCAACCUUCUGGAAGACCGGAUGAGAACAAAGAUGGACCCCCAGGAUCAGGCCCAGAGAGACAUCAUAUUUGAGCUUCGUAGGAUCGCUUUUGAUGUUGAGUGUGAACCUAAUAACAGCGGUAGCAUCGAGAAGCGGAAAUCCAUGUACACCAGGGACUACAAAAAGCUUGGAUUCAUUAAUCAUGUUAAUCCAGCAGUGGACUUCACCCAGAUUCCUCCAGGGAUGCUUGCUCUGGAUAACAUGCUGUACUUUGCCAAACACCAACAGGAUGCCUACAUUAGGAUUGUUUUAGAAAACAGCAGCCGGGAAGACAAACACGAGUGCCCUUUUGGUCGAAGCAGCAUCGAGUUAACCAAGAUGCUUUGUGAAAUCCUGAAAGUAGGAGAGCUGCCCAGUGAAACCUGCCCUGACUUCCACCCCAUGUUCUUUACCCAUGACCGGUCCUUCGAGGAGUUCUUCUGUAUCUGUAUUCAGCUGCUAAAUAAGACCUGGAAAGAGAUGAGAGCCACCUCUGAAGACUUCAACAAGGUUAUGCAAGUGGUGAAAGACCAGAUCAUGAGAGCACUGAACACCAAGCCUAACUCUCUGGACCAGUUUAAAAGUAAACUGCAGAACCUGAGCUACACAGAGAUUCUGAAAAUUCGUCAGUCUGAAAGGAUGAACCAGGAAGACUUCCAGUCUCGUCCUAUCCUUGAGCUGAGAGAGAAGAUCCAGCCGGAGAUCAUGGAGCUAAUCAGGCAGCAGCGUCUGAACCGGCUGUGUGAGGGAACAUGCUUUAGGAAGAUCAGCAGCCGUCGGCGGCAAGACAAGUUUUGGUACUGUCGGCUGUCUCCGAACCACAAGGUCCUGCACUAUGGAGACUUGGAGGAGACCCCCCAGGGAGAAGUGCCCCAUGAUUCUUUGCAGGAGAAAUUGCCAGUGGCAGACAUUAAAGCUGUUAUGACUGGAAAGGACUGUCCCCAUACGAAGGAAAAAGGAGCCCUCAAACAGAAUAAGACGUGGAAGGGAGAUGGCUUUGGCACUGCAAAGGAGGUGUUGGAACUUGCAUUCUCAGUUUUGUACGAGUCGGAUGAAUAUUUGAAUUUUAUUGCCCCUGACAAGCAUGAAUACUGCGUGUGGACGGACGGUCUCAAUGCCCUUCUAGGGAAGGAGAUGGCAAGCGAUCUAACCAAGUCUGACCUGGACACGCUGCUCAGCAUGGAGAUGAAGCUCCGCCUCCUUGACCUUGAGAACAUUCAGAUCCCAGAGGUCCCGCCCCCUAUUCCCAAAGAGCCUAGCAACUACGACUUUGUUUACAACUGCAAAUAACAAUGGACUAACCAAAUAAUUUCUCAUUCGCCCUGAAAGAAAUAAAUAAAUAAAUAAAUUAGAUCCGUCUUUUGAAGUAAAACUUUUUUUUCAUACUACUCUCUUCUCUCUAACUUUUUUCAUUAAACUUGUUUUAACAUAAUCAUAGCACUUAAUAGCUUGCCCAUAUGGCCUUCAAAACAGUAAACAGGCACAAACAGGCCUAAAGUUGGGCUAUCUUGUUUACAUUAAACUGUACAAAGGAUAUGUGUAUGGAACCAGAUAACCCCUUCAGUCACUGUGUUUGUAAUUGUACCACAUUUACUUUUUUUUUUUUUUUUUUUUCAAAUUUUGACAGUGCAACGUCUUGAACUCUAUAUUGUUCACACAAAAUGUUUUAAAAGUUGUUUUUUUUAAAUAAAAAAUUGUGACCGAAGGGGAUAUAAUAAGAUCAUCUGGUUUCUUUAUAUUCAAAUUGUAAUAUUCAGGUAUUCACUUAAACAACUUCUCAAACACCAAAAUCUGAUUUCUCCCAAAAGGUUUUUAGAGAAAAUAUAGAAAUACUAAUAUAGAAAACUAGUCUACCAAUCUUUUCAUUAAAGAAAAAGAAAAACAAUACAAAUAAAACAUAAAACUUGUUUUUGAUCUCUGAAUCUGUGGAAAUAGAGCACAGAUGUUGCACAUUAUUACAUGUGGCAGCUAUUUCUCAAUGUUUGGGCUUAGUAUGUUGUUAAAUAAGUACUCCCUUGCCACUAUCAUGCACGCAAACUGCCUCUGACUUGAAAGCACAAAUCAUGAUGCCAGUAGCAAUGUUUUCAGUUGCAUUGGCUGAAACAUUCCAAAGCAACCUUUAGCUUUUGUUGAGUAAGCUAGCUUAACUGUAGUGACAAUGUUUGUGAAGCUGCCAAAUAGCCAGUAUUAUGUCAUUGUUUCAGUGUUAAAACAACAAUACAUUUUUAACAAAAUCAAGGGAACAUUUUGUACAAAAAGAAUCAUGGUAAAAGCCAUCAACAUUUGGAAAAAUAAAUGUAUAUUUAAGUUAAAAAAAAUCAUACAAAUGUUUUGUUUUCCUUUUUUUUGACAAUUAUUGCUGUUCUCAAUACAUUGUAACAUCUGUUCUAAAUAAAACAUGCCAUUUUAAAGAUGCUGUUUACAUUAAAAC